ACCAGGUAAAUGCCUUUUUGAAAUCAGUAACUACAGGCCAAUAUCACUCAUAAACACAAUGAGCAAAACCCUCGAAAGCAUAAUCAAUACCAGGUCUACAUGGCAUUUAGAAACCCACAACCUCCUUACACCUCAUCAAUUUGGCUUUCGAAAAACCGGUCCACCAUAGACCCUUUGACAAAAAUCCACACCGAUAUAUGUGAAGCUUUAGAAAAAAAAAUCAUUUAUUAAUGGUUUCUCAAGAUAUCGCGAAAGCCUAUGACACAGUUUAGAAACAUAGGGUGCUCUCCGCACAAAUGGAUUGCCACAGGGGUCCUCAUUAAGCGUUACACUGUUUUUAAUAGCCAUCAAUGACAUUAGUAAAUACAUUAAAUCACCCGUCAAAACUAUAGUAUAUGCCGACGACUGUAGUCUAUACUGCUCAGGAUCUAACAUCAAAACCACCAGCUCAAUUAUGCAAAGAACAAUUGAAAACAUCAGCCAAUGGUCUACAGAGACAGGAUUCAAGUUCUCCCCCACAAAAUGCCAAUCGAUUUUAUUCAACCGUCAAAAUAAAAUCGAAGCCCCAGAGAUAAAAAUGCACGGUAUUAUUCUCCCAAACACAAAAUCCCUUCGCUUGCUAGGCUUAAAAUUCGACCACAAACUUAACUGGAAAGAACAUAUUAUAAAAUUGAAAGCAGCCUUAUCCAAAAAACUCAAUAUAAUCAAAGCUGUUAGUCACCUCAAAUGGGGAGCCAAUCGCAAAAACUCUUCUAAUCCUUCACAACUCUUUGAUACAACCAAAAUUGGAUUACGGAUCAACCAUUUACAGCCUUACCAACGGCAAUACCUUAAAAACGCUCAACACAAUACAAAACGCGGGAAUCAGAAUGGCCACAAGGAGCUUUCAGAUCAAGCCCAAUUGACAGUUUGUUAUGUGAAGCCCACUGCCUACCCCUAAAAAUCAGACAAAAAUACCUAAUUUCAAAAUAUGCAGCCAAAAAGAUGUCCACGCCCCAAACACUCAUGAUAGAGAUAAUUACAAGACCAUACCACGAUCAUCAACUGAAACCCUUCUACAUAAAACUGCAUGACAUCCUCGAAGAAAUAUCUUUCAGGAUCUAUAACACAAACCUAUAGAAACUAUCUCAGUAUUCCCUCCGUGGAACAUGAAGCAGAUUGAAGCCAACAUAUUUAACAACCAUUUAAACCAUAUUUAACAAAAAAGAUACACCCUAUAGUCUGAUAAUCAAUACUUUCAACGAAAUAAUAAACAAUGAAUUCAAUAACUACAUUCACUACUAUACAGAUGCUUCUAAUAAAGCAAAUGAUAUCGGCUUCGCCAUCACUCACCCUGAAGACAACAAUCUCUAUAAAAUCGCCUCUUUCUCCAGUGUAUACUCUGCAGAAACAUUUACCAUACUAGAAGCUAUAACCAUCUCACUCUCUACUAACUAUGACAAAGUCCUCAUAUUAAGUGACUCUCUUAGUGCAAUCACCUCCAUAUCCAACAUACAUACAAAAUGUAACCUUGCCCGAAACAUCCAAAAUACUAUCCUCACAAACCCCAAAACAAUCAAAUUCAUGUGGGUCCCAUCACACAUCGGCAUUCCAGGUAAUAAACUUGCCGACAAAUUGGCAAUGGAAGCAGCAAAAUCUCCGGACACCAAAUUAUACUCACAUGUAACAUAUGAGGAUGUAAUCCAUGCCCUAAAAUUCAAAUGUCACUCUCAAUGGCAAAAUAUAUGGGAUACACAAACUAAUCAAAACAACAAAUUUAAGCAAAUAAAACUCAAAACAAAAAAAUGGCCAGAUCCACUAAUUAAACUAACACGUCACGAGGAGAUCAUGAUUACCCGAGUACGCAUUGGGCACACCAAACUCAUGAUACAUACACUUGAUGCGUAAGGAGCCCAAACCCAGGUGUGAAACGUGCCUCAACGAACUCACAAGUCAAACAUAUAUUCCUAGAAUGCCCCAACUACCAGAACGCUCGAACGAAAUCAAACUUAAACACAGGCUCACUCAAAGAAGCAUUCAACUAGAAGAAGAAAAAAAAAUAUUAGACUUCAUCAAGAUAGCCGAUCUCGCAUCGAACAUCUAA